UUAUGGAGGAAGAAGUGAAAAAGAUCACUGAACUAUUCACAGUUAGUAAAAAUGAACUUCAACAGUGUAAAGCACAUCUGCAAAUCAAGGAGAAAGAGCUAGAAGAAACACAAAAAGAUCUGCAAGAAACCAAGGUUCAUCUGGCUGAAGAAGAAUAUGUGGUUUCAGUUUUGGAAAACAAUGAACAAAAACUUCAUGGCACAGCUAGCAAGGUUGUCACAGUUCUUGCACCUACUGUAAAACAGCUUCCUAUGUUUAGGAGUUUCAUGGGCUACUCAAAGAAAUCAGUUGUUGCUAGAGCAUAUGCAAGUGAGACAAGCUGAAUUUAAGAUGGAAAACUAGGCUUAGAAUGCAGGACUUUCUCUGUGGUAAUAUUGACAGUUGACUGCUAAACACGCUGGUUGGUCUGGGACUAACUCGCUUUCAGGCCAGUUUGUCAUGGGAGUUCCAGUGCUUAUCGUAAGUUGUUUUACAGAAUAAGUAGUUUUCUUUUGGAAACUUAUGACUGGCCUACAAAACAGUAAAUGAUA